CUGUUUCACUUUAAUCACCAUCACAUAUCUGAUCAGUUUGAUCUAUAAAUAAAUAAAUUAUAUGACCAAUCACGUCACUUGUACACUGACGGUAAAGUUACUCUAAUGACAAAAAGCAAGUCAACAGUUUAUUUUUCUUACAGACGACACAAGUUUUAUAAAUCAAUAAAUCAGGAUUUGAUAUCACAAGGAUUGUGACCUGAUAAAGGACUGAUCAAACAGAGAUCAAUGAUUCAGAAGAUCAAUGAUAUAGUCAAUGAUAGAGAAAGAUUGACCAGUGAUUUUGGGACAUUGAGCAGUGAUUUAGAGACAUUGAUCAGUGUUCAUUGAUCACUGAUUCAGAUCAAUAAUGAUAAAUUUGGUGGUGGGCGGUAAUGGAACGUCACAGAUUGACACAUGCGGGAACCACGCCUCUUGCUGAAUCUACUCCACAAGUGCACGACAACACCCGGAAAUAUGGUACAUCUUCCUUCAAAAUAAAAGCCUAAUACUUGCAAUGGGGCUGGAAUAAGUGGAACGCAAGGACUGGUGUUGGUUUUUAUGUCUGGCCAUUUUGUCUUUUGUAUACUGAUUUUGCUGAAAGUUUUAUAGUUAUAAACACUAAAAAUAACAUAAAGUAACAAUAAAUGCAAAAUGUUAGGAAAUAAAAUUGUUUACAUACUAUCAACAUAGCAGUUUGACAAGUUUUCCAAGGAAAAAUAAACCUUUGACAUCAUCACAUUAUAAAAAUUUUGCGUAGAUGAAAAGUGUUAGUAUAGUGUAGUUGAUGUAAUCAGGGUAACUUAAUGUUAUUUAAGACUACUUUUAUCUGCAGUCAACAAAAUAAUGAAGAAUUCCACUGUGUUUAAUUAUAAAAAGUAAACAAAAAAAAACAUAAAUUAGAAAAUAGUAUUACACAUUGAUUUUCAUUUUGUGGAUUUGGUGCACUUAAUUCUGCUUGUUUUCAGAUAUUAUCUUCUCUCUCUUCUGUGUCAUAUAUCAUCCCUUCUAUGUGAUAUAAAUGGGUAUCAUUAUUCUGCCUUUCAACCAAGGAUUAAUAAUUGAACACACAACACACUCCUGCCAACACACAUUACCUGAACAAUCAGAGUUCCAGCUGCUGCUCUGAGUGAGAAUAGAUGAGUGUAUUGACAAGUUAGCCCAAGUUUGGAAUUAGAUACAAGUUGUAAAUAUUUUUUCACUAAUUUAUUUGAUUGUUUUGUAAAAACGUUUGUAAAUGUAUCAUUUUGUUAAAUCAUAAAUACUGAAAAAGUCUGUAAUUAUUCUGGCGGCUCUUUAGACGCAUUCGAUUUAAUUCGAACAUGUUUUAUUGUGACAUCCCCGACCGGAAGUGUAGUGGACAAUUUCGUCGCCCUGACAAUUCGGGGUUCUCCGUGGUGACUGAACCGAAGUUUGCCGAGUUUUUCCGUCACUUUUUUCGUCGCUGAUUAAAACCAGCAGUUUUUUGCGGCAGAUGUUGAAACGUUUUCGUUGAUGUUGUUCGUCGGAACGUUUCCAGGUCACCGGAAGAACUUUUUUUAAUCUUUUACAGCUGUUUUCAACGGGACCACUUAACGGAGACACGAAGUUCCCGAGCGGCUAACCCUGUGUAGCCGUUAGCGUCAGCAGUUAACUGUCUCACUGAGCGGAGGGGAAGCUAACUUCUCUGUGUUAUCUGACGGUGACAGAUCUGCAACGACUCUUAGUUUUGUUUUUCGGCUUCUCUUCCGGGAACGUUUCGUUUUAAUUUGACUGAACCUCAGCGGACAAAACUUUCAAACCACCUUCACCGAAAAAUGGAGCCCAAGAGAAGCAGCUAACGGUCGGUUAACGGGAGGAAGAACAGUGGGAAACAGUGAAAAACAGUUAAUUUCUGGUCUUGAAGCUCUCACAGCGGCCGACUGAAGCAGCGCGUCCGGUGGGUUUAAAGUAGGUGAAUCAGUCGGUCAGGAUGCCCGGAGACUCCUCCGUCAACUUUAAUCUCCUCCACCGGACAUGUAAGCUGGUGGUGCUGCUGUGUUUCCUCCAUAUCUCUGUCACUGUCGUGUUCUACGUCCGCUCCCUGGACAUCCGGUUCGCCUUCGUCCAGAACCAGCAGUCCAAUAACAAUGCCACGCAGCGGAACCAUCUCAGAAACACCGGGUUCACUUCCAGAGCCGAGCUGAAGAAGGCCGAGUCCAAGAGGGACCGACCUGAGGCGGAGCCGAGAGACGAACCGCAGCCCCCGGAACAUCACCCGGAGGCGAAGCAGGCAGAGGAGCCGGAGAAGAAGCUGCAGAAAUGCCCUGAGACAUCACCUCUGCUGGUGGGGCCUCUGCGGGUGGAGUUCAACACUCCGGUGACCCUGGAGCAGAUAAAGAAGGACAACCUCAACCUGCAGCUGGGGGGGCGCUCCAGACCCAGAGACUGUGAGGCGCUGCAGAAAGUCGCCAUCAUCAUCCCUUUCCGCAACCGAGAAGAACACCUGAAGUACUGGCUGUACUACCUGCACCCCAUCCUGCACAGGCAGCAGCUCGACUACGGAGUCUACGUCAUCAACCAGGACGGAGACGAGAUCUUUAACCGAGCCAAGCUGCUGAACGUGGGCUACAUGGAGGCUCUGAAGGACUACGACUACAACUGCUUCGUCUUCAGUGACGUGGACCUGAUCCCCAUGGAUGACCGCAACACCUACAGGUGUUUCAGCCAGCCCCGACACCUGUCUGUGUCCAUGGACAAGUUCGGCUUCAGGUUGCCCUAUAAUCAGUAUUUUGGUGGAGUUUCUUCAAUGAGUAAAGAACAGUAUCUGAAGAUCAACGGCUUCCCCAACAACUACUGGGGCUGGGGAGGAGAGGAUGACGACAUCUACAACAGGUUGGCGUCUAAAGGCAUGUCCAUCUCCAGACCGAGUGGCGAGGUGGGAAAGUGUCGGAUGAUCCGACACCAGAGAGACAAACAGAACGAGCCGAACCCUCAGAGGUUUGACCGGAUCGCUCAUACCAGAGAGACGAUGCACAAAGACGGGAUCAACUCUCUAUCCUACAGAGUCGUGAAGAUCGACAAAUUUGACCUGUUCACUCAGAUCACAGUGGACGUGGGGAAGCCGUGACCAGGAGGUCAUGUGACUGGACCAGGAGAGUGACGCUGCCUCUGACACUUGAAUCUCUCAGUUCUGGUCUGGAGGACCAGACGUGCUGGACUCAUCCUUUCUGCUGUUUUCUGUCAUUUUUCCUGAGACUGAAGGUCUGUGUUUUUCUCUGCGGGUCCUCGACGACUCGUCUCUGAUUGGACGCUCACUGUUACCAAUGGGCUGCCUCCAUUUGUCAGUCAGACGCUGCUGCUGUGAAGCAUCCUGAACGAGCCUUUUAUUUUGAAAAUCAGACAAUCAGAGCAGCACCAUCAGGACUGCUGGGUCACAUGGUCCAGGCUUUACUGGUCGGGGAUUCUGGGUAUCAAGCAGGGCGGUUUAGAUCUGAUCUGACCCUGAUACUGGUUCUGUUUAGUGAUCCCGAUUCUGUUGAUGUGGUUCUUAACUCAUGGUCCACUUACAGAGACCUGAUCCAGGGUCAGAGACAAACAGCAGCAGGUUAGAGUGGACUAAACUGACCCUGUGGAAAAAAAUCACAGUGAUCCGGAUCACUGAGUCACUGCACUGAUCUGGAGACUGAAGCUACUUUCACGAACUGACAGCUGGUACAUGAUGUCACAUGAUGUCAGUCUGACUCUGUGACCAGCGUUAGUGUUAGCGUUAGCAUUAGAAAAUUCAAACUUUACAGAAACUGAUCAAGGAUCAGAACCAGAUCUAAACACCCAGUCUGAUAGAGAGAGUGUGUGUGUGUGUGUGUGUGUGUGUGUGUGUGAGAGAGAGAGAGAGUGUGUGUGUGAUCGGUCCCUAAAUUAAUGAUGAAACGAGAUCAGCUUCAAACCAAAAAGUCUGUUAAUGAUUAUGUUGAUUAUUGAUUAAUCAGCUGACAACGUUCAGUUAAUUGAUCAGUUAUCAGUUUAGUCUGUGAAAUGCCAUCAUAUCAUCAUCAUGAGAUGACCAAAAAUCGAUCAGAAUUAUUGAUUGAUUCAUCGAUUGUACAAAUGGCUGCAGAUUCAUCUUCAGCUCUACAUCCAGUUUUGAUUUGAUUUGAUUUGAUUUGAUUUGAUUGAUUGAAUGAUUGACUGAUUGUAUCUCUAAGUGUCCUUAUAAGAGCUGUUGGAACCAAAGACUUUAUUUAAAGUGAAUGUGAUCAGCUGACAGCUCGUUAUUGAUCCAGUCUAAGCAAAACAAAUAUCCACCAUUUACAUGAAACAAUCAGUGUGUGUGUGUGUGUGUGUGUGAUCAUGAUGCUGUUGUCUCUGUGUCGACAGGUUUGUUUGUUUCAGACCAAAACUUGAUUCUUUGUAAAGUGAAUAAAUCACCUUUGUAUGUGCCUUAAAUUAGCCCAGUGUAACUGUUGAACUGGUGGAGGGAACCAGUCGGUGUAAAAAUGUGAUGAGGUCUGUUUGUGGAUCUGGGUCUCAAUAAAUCCAGUUUGAUGUUUGUGA